AAUUAUUAAGAUGGUAUAAUAUAUGCCGUAAUGCUCCAAAUGAUAAAGAUGAAUUAGCAAUAUUAAAGGCAUUCCAGUCUGCAGAUGAAUUUAUUCCAACACUAUCAACGGAAUCGCAAAUUUAUUCUAGAGAUAAACUUUCAAGUAAACUGCUUAAUUUUUUUAAAGGUUCUAAAGAAUGUGUUAUUUCAAUUCCCGACAUCUAG